GAACUGUCUGCAAGGAUUAAAUUCCAGAUGUAUUAUCGACGGAAAAUAUAAGUAUGCGACAAGAUACUUUUACAACAUUCCUUCAAAAAGGCGAAAAGAAAGUAAAACUCCUGCUAACCCUCCUAAAUUUUCGAUAAAUUAUACAUCAGAAAUUGAUGAUGCUUUAGCAAUGUUCUUCUUUGGAUGUAAUAUUCCAUUUUCGACAGUGGAUUCAGAUCAUUUUAAACAUUUGUUGACAAAGCUGAAUCCGAAUUAUAAACCACUAUCAAGAAAUACUUUAAGCGGUUCUUUACUAAAUACGGUGUACAAUAAAGUAUGUCAACAAAAUUUAUCCCGAGUUGGCGAGAAAAAAACGAAAAAUACGUCGUAGGAAUUCUUCAUAAAACAAAUGGCAGUAAAGUAUUUUUAGAUUCUUGGGAUUUUACCCAAAACAGUGAAACUGCUACAGCUUUAAAAGAAGUUAUAGAUUCAGCUAUCAUCUAUGCAAAACAAGAGUACAAUACCAAUAUUUAUGCCGUUGUUACUGACAAUGUCGCUUCUAUGACUUCAGUGGGAAAUAAUAUUGACUGCUGGUUUGGAACAUGCCAUAGUCAUAGUGGUAAUUUGCUGGCUAAAAGUUUAAUUGGCCAGUCUUUUAAUGCAGAACUCGUUUCAGUUUUCAAAGAAUUUAAAACCCCAAAAUUAGAAAGAGAAUUGAUAAAUCGAGGCGGUAUUAGAAUCUUUUUACCUGGUGAUACCAGGUGGUGCAGCUAUCGUGACAGCUUCAGAUGUUACCUUAGAAACUUGAAUAUAAUGUGAGAUAUUGUCCAACGUCGUGAAUAUGGAAUUUCAAGGGAAGCAAUCAAUUUGAUUUCAAACAGAGAAUUUGAACAAGAAGUGGUAAAUUUCAUCUUAAUUUGUGAUGAAGUUUGCAAAUUAAUAAAUACGUGCCAGAAUGACAAAUCGUCGAUUGAGGGCAGAAACACGCCAAUUCAGGCGAAUGUUGAGAAACAUGACAA